AUGGGGACAUCUGUUGUUGAUGCAACACAUGUUGCGGUGCCGCGUCGAUCGUGGACUUCGCAUAUCAUCCACAACCCACGCUUGAUCUUCUCCAGUUUCACACUCGCGCUGGUAUUCUUUACUUUUGGCUUCGACGGAUCCGUCAUGGGUGGGAUUCUCGCAAUGCCCCCUUUCAUUCACCAAUUCGGAACUGGCAAAAGCCCCAAAGGACCAAUUCUCACAUCUACCGAUAUCAGCGUUAUGACCGCUGUCCCUACUACCGGAUGCCUUCUCGGACUUCCACUUGCCGCAUAUUGCGGAGACCGGUGGGGAAGACGUAAAACUCUCAUCCUUGGAUGUGUCUUAAGUGCCGUAGCCGCAGCGAUUCAGACAUCUGCCUUUGGCAUGGCACAGCUGGUCAUUGGGCGUUGGCUAGCUAAUGCAGCCAUCUUCCUUUUCAUCGUAAUGGGCUCGACCUUCUUGGCCGAAAUUGCACCAGACGAGCUACGCGGAGUGCUCAUUGGGCUGUCUAUUGUCACCAUUGAUGCAGCAGCGGUACUUUCCAACGGGAUCAACUGGGCUGUCAGCACCAAUAUGACCCAGUUUGCAUAUCGAUUUCCCAUGGGCUUGCAAAUCGCCUUCCCUAUCAUUCUGGUCAUUGGCUUCAUCUUCGUAGAUGAUUCUCCAACCUUUUACCUGACUCGCAGUGAAGACUCGCGAGCACUCAAGAGCCUACGUACAGUGCGAAGAGGGUACAACGAGCAGGAAAUCGAAGCAGAGUUCGCUGCAUUGAAGGCACAGGCAGCGCUGAGGGCCCAGGAUGUCGAGGUACCGUGGACGCACAUCUUCCAAGGGGUCAAUCUUCGCCGCACUUUGCUAGCGCUCAGCAUUGCCAACAUGCAACAACUUUCUGGCAUAGUGUUUGCGACCAACUACGCUGUGAUUUUCCUCGCGACUAUCGGUAGCAAGAUCAGUCCGUUUCUUCUUGCCCUGGCAACUUCGAUCCUGGCUUUUGGCGGUGCGAUAGCCGGCUUGUUCGUAGUAGAUGCGGUCGGUCGACGUCCACUGGCACUGACCACAUUCACUAUCUUGUUCUUCAUCAACCUGGUCAUUGGUGUUUUGGGGUUCACCGACUACCUCCACAACCAGAGCCUUAGCCAAACUAUCGCUGCUUUCUGCUGCAUGUUUGCGUUCUUUUUCGCCGCGGGCUUUGGGCCGUUGACAUAUGUUGUUUCGGGAGAGAUGCCAACUGCUCGCUUGCGAAACAAGACGAGUGCUUUUUCCUUCUUCGUUUUGGCCUGUUUCUCGACUGCUGUCCAAUAUAUUUUCCCGUACAUCGCCAAUGCUCCUGCCCACCUUGGACCCAAGACUUAUCUCAUAUUUGCGGGCUGGAUGCUUGGAUGCAUCGUUGUAACUUUCUUUUGGUUCCCUGAGACCAAAGGGCGUACCCCGGCUGAGCUGGAUGAGAUGUUUGAGGCGCGCAUUCCUGCACGACAAUUCAAAAACUAUGUGUGCAGCGUGAACAUUGAAAACUUCAUGAACGAAGAUAAGGCUGGGUUGCAAGUGACGCAGAUUGAGAAGCUGUGA